AUGGUAUACGAAAAGUGUUGUGUUGGUGGUUGCAAUACAACACGUGAAACGCACCGGCUUUUCAGAUUCCCUAGGAACGAUAAUUUAAGGAACUUGUGGAUGGCUUUCAUAGUGCCGACAAAUCCCCAGCUCAUUGUACUUUCCAAAGAACAGUUACUUAACAAACGUGUCUGUGAAAAACAUUUUGAUGUAUUUCAGUUCGGCAAUGAAGGCAGAAGACUUCAAUACUCUUACCCGUCCUUGCUUACUGACAAUGAAAUAGCUCAUGGUGUGCCUCUGACUGCAACUGGAUGGGAUGUCACAACUGAACAUAAUUACUGUAAAGAGCAAAAUGAAGAUGAUUUCACAGAAGCUGUGUUAGUGGUUAGAAAGCCUGAUGGAUCAGUUAACGACCACGAGAAUCGCGCCACCAUCGACCUGCAGCGCAAGGUCCCGCACAAUGACACUACACCCACACAAAUUGGGAUAAACCCUGUUGGAUUCAGAUGCUUAUCAUGGAACGAUCUCCAAGUGAAAGUACCAACACCAAGGAGAUAA